CAAGCCCCAGGUUGCUCCGGGCUGCCGGGGGGUGGUGCUGGCCGCGCCCACAGCCGUCGUUCCGCCCCGCGCUGCGCAGCAUGGCCGGCUUUGCCGACCUGAACGUCGCGCAGGGCGCGGACAGGAAGGCCGUGCAGAGUUUGCUGGAGGCCGCGGCGCACCUGGGAUAUUCUGCAGUUGCUCUUAAUCAUGUCAUCGACUUUAAAGAAAAGAAACAGGAAAUUGCCAAGCCAGUAUCUCCAUCGGAGCUGUUUCCAUCUUUGCCUAUUGUACAGGGGACAUCUAAAAGACUUAAAGUCUUAACACGGCUGACACUUGUUGUUUCUGAUCCUUCCCACUGUAAUCUCCUGAGAUCUACAUCUACAAACAUAAGAUUGUAUGACAUCAUAGCUGUAUUUCCGAAGACGGAGAAAUUGUUCCAUAUUGCUUGCACAACUCUUGAUGUGGACCUGGUAUGUAUAAAUGUAACAGAGAAGCUUCCGUUCUACUUCCGAAGGCCUCCUGUAAAUAUGGCAAUAGAUCGAGGCAUUUACUUUGAACUUCUUUACACGCCUGCCAUCAAAGACUCCACAAUGAGAAGGUACACAAUUUCAAAUGCGAUCAGCCUGAUGCAGAUCUGCAAAGGAAAGAACAUCAUUAUAUCUAGUGCAGCUGAAAGACCUCUAGAACUACGGGGUCCUUAUGAUGUGGCUAAUCUAGGCUUGCUGUUUGGCCUGUCAGAAGGUGAAGCCAAGGCAGCCGUGUCCACCAACUGCAGAGCCACCAUACUUCAUGGAGAAACUCGGAAGAGUGCCUGUGGGGUAGUAUACACAGUGAAGAAGCUUCGCAAGGUUGAGGAGGAAGAAACAGUGCCAGCCUGCAAAAAGGCUAAGACUCAAGCUUGAGCCAGUUGUCAGCUGGAACCUCCAUCCAGUCUUUACCCAGUGCUGUCUUCCUCCACCCUCCAGCCAGCUCAGUUACUAACUGAUUUAUUUAGCCUGAAGAAGAAUUAUUCUUCUGGUUUUCAAGUGAGGAAUUCUGUGGGAAUGGAAAUGCUGACUGGUAUUUUACCACAUUUGGAAGGUCAUCCUAUUGCUGGGCUUCUGGCCAAGGGCGGGAGAGCAUCACUCCGCUUUGUCCUAGGGCUUCUGGUAUUGGUGUGAACUCGCACAAUAGAAGGUAUCCCUAAGUUGGAAACAUUGUGUUGUGUGCACUCUUUUUUUUAUUAAAAAUUUUUUCAAGAA